AUGAAAGGCGGAAAGUUUGGGAAGAUCAAGGGAAUGCUAAAGAGGUGGCAGAGCCUUGGAAGAAUGUCCCGCUCUGGGAGCAGUAUUUCAUCUAUGCCCCGCAAUAUGAUGGUCUCUGACUCUGGCGAGGGCAUGGCCGGAAAUUACCGUGAAGUCUACGUCGGAAAGUCGAGGAGGCGCCUGCUCGUAAGCCAUGAGGUGUUGAACCACCCUGUUGUCCGGGAACUAGUAGGCGAGCCGGAGGUUGACGGUGGUGUUCCCGUAGUUGGUUGCGAAUUGGUGCUCUUCGAGCACCUCCUCUGGAUUCUGGAAAAUUCCGACCACUCGCCUGAAAGUUUGGACGAGCUCGUCGAUCUCUACGCUUGCUGA